CCCCCAAGCUGGCCCAGGCCACCUCGUCGUCCUCGUCCACCUCGGCGGCGGCCGCUUCCUCCUCGUCCUCGUCCACCUCCACCUCCAUGGCCGUCGCUGUGGCCUCGGGCUCUGCGCCUCCGGGCGGCCCGGGGCCAGGCCGCACCCCCGCCCCCGUGCAGAUGAACCUGUACGCCACCUGGGAGGUGGACCGGAGCUCGUCCAGCUGCGUGCCCAGGCUGUUCAGCCUGACCCUGAAGAAACUCGUCAUGCUGAAAGAAAUGGAUAAAGAUCUUAACUCAGUGGUCAUUGCUGUGAAGCUACAGGGUUCGAAAAGGAUUCUUCGCUCCAAUGAGAUCCUCCUUCCAGCUAGUGGGCUGGUGGAAACAGAGCUCCAGUUAACCUUCUCUCUUCAGUACCCUCAUUUCCUGAAGCGAGAUGCCAACAAGCUGCAGAUCAUGUUGCAAAGGAGAAAGCGUUACAAGAACCGGACCAUCUUAGGCUAUAAGACCCUGGCCGUGGGACUCAUCAACAUGGCAGAGGUGAUGCAGCACCCGAACGAGGGCGCGCUGGUGCUGGGCCUGCACAGCAACGCCAAGGACGUGUCCGUGCCCGUGGCGGAGAUAAAGAUCUACUCCCUUUCCAGCCAGCCCAUCGACCACGAAGGAAUCAAAUCCAAGCUGUCUGAUCGCUCUCCUGAUAUCGACAAUUAUUCCGAGGAAGAGGAGGAGAGCUUCUCCUCAGAGCAGGAGGGCAGCGACGACCCACUGCACGGACAGGACCUGUUCUACGAGGAUGAGGAUCUGCGGAAAGUGAAGAAGACCCGGAGGAAGCUCACCUCGACCUCUGCCAUCACCAGGGUAGAAGGCACCAGUCGGCAGCAUGGAUCUGAAGGACGAGAGAAAGCGCAACCUAACAUCAAGCAGAAGUUCGUGGCCCUCCUGAAGCGGUUCAAAGUUUCCGAUGAGGUGGGCUUCGGGCUGGAACAUGUGUCCCGUGAGCAGAUUCGAGAGGUGGAGGAGGACCUGGACGAACUGUAUGAUAGUCUGGAGAUGUACAACCCCAGCGACAGUGGCCCUGAAAUGGAGGAGACGGAGAGCAUCCUUAGCACUCCAAAGCCCAAGCUCAAGCCCUUCUUUGAGGGGAUGUCGCAGUCCAGCUCACAGACGGAGAUUGGCAGCCUCAACAGCAAGGGCAGCCUCGGCAAAGACACCACCAACCCUAUGGAAUUGGCUGCUCUAGAAAAAGUCAAAUCUGCUUGGAUUAAAAAUCAAGAUGACAGCUUGACUGAAACAGACACUCUGGAGAUCACCGACCAGGACAUGUUUGGAGAUGGCAGCACAAGUCUGGUUGUGCCAGAGAAAGUCAAAACUCCCAUGAAGUCUAGCAAAACGGAUCUCCAAGGCUCUGCCUCGCCCAGCAAGAUGGAUGGGGCGCACACCCCCCGGCAGAAGCGGAGCACGCCCCUGAAGGAGCGGCAGCUCUCCAAGCCCCUGAGCGAGAGGACCAACAGCUCGGACAGCGAGCGCUCGCCCGACCUGGGCCACAGCGCGCAGAUUCCGAGAAAGGUGGUAUAUGACCAACUGAAUCAGAUCCUGGUCUCAGACGCAGCCCUCCCAGAAAACGUCAUUCUUGUGAACACCACUGAUUGGCAGGGCCAGUAUGUGGCGGAGCUGCUCCAAGACCAGCGGAAGCCUGUCGUGUGCACCUGCUCCACCGUGGAGGUCCAGGCCGUGCUGUCCGCCCUGCUCACCCGUAUCCAGCGCUACUGCAACUGCAACUCUUCCAUGCCAAGGCCAGUGAAGGUGGCAGCAUUGGGCGGCCAGACAUACCUGAGCUCUAUCCUCCGGUUCUUCGUCAAGUCGCUGGCCAGCAAAACCUCCGACUGGCUUGGCUAUAUGCGCUUCCUCAUCAUCCCCCUAGGUUCUCACCCUGUGGCCAAAUAUUUGGGCUCCGUCGACAGUAGAUACAGCAGCACCUUCCUUGAUUCUGGCUGGAGAGACCUGUUCAGCCGCUCGGAGCCCCCAGUGUCAGAGCAACUGGACGUGGUGGGUCGGGUGAUGCAGUAUGUCAAUGGGGCGGGCGUGACACACCAGCUUCCUGUGGCCGAAGCCAUGCUGACCUGCAGGCAUAAGUUCCCUGAUGAAGAUUCGUAUCAGAAGUUCAUUCCCUUCAUUGGCGUGGUGAAGGUGGGUCUGGUCGAAGACUCUCCUUCCGCUACAGGUGAUGGAGACGACUCGCCUGUGGUCAGCCUUACCGUGCCCUCCACAUCACCGCCUUCCAGCUCGGGACUGAGUCGAGAUGCCAUGGCCACCCCACCCUCCUCCCCGUCCAUGAGCAGUGCCCUCGCCGUUGUGGGGAGCCCCAGCAGUCCAUAUGGGGACGUGAUUGGCCUCCAGGUGGACUACUGGCUAGGCCACCCUGGGGAGCGGAGGAGGGAAGGUGACAAGAGAGAUACCAGCUCCAAGAACACCCUCAAGAGCGUCUUCCGCUCAGUGCAGGUUUCCCGCCUGCCCCAUGGUGGGGAGGCUCAGCUUUCCGGCACCAUGGCAAUGACCGUGGUCACCAAAGAGAAGAACAAGAAAGUUCCCACCAUCUUCCUGAGCAAGAAACCUCGAGAAAAGGAGGUGGAUUCUAAGAGCCAGGUCAUCGAAGGCAUCAGCCGCCUCAUCUGCUCUGCCAAGCAGCAGCAGACCAUGCUGAGAGUGUCCAUCGAUGGAGUCGAGUGGAGUGACAUCAAGUUCUUCCAGCUAGCGGCCCAGUGGCCCACCCAUGUCAAGCACUUUCCAGUGGGACUGUUCAGUGGCAGCAAGGCCACCUGAGGGCACUGUCUCCUGGCCACUCUCCCUCCUGGCACUGCCACCAGCCUCACCGCCUGCAGGCAGGGGGAGGCCAGCAGGCCCGGGCCCAGCAUCCCCUUUCCUGGCCCUGGGGCCUGCAUCUCCCUUGCCCAGUCCUGAAGGACACUGCCACUGGGGACACGUCCCCUCCUCCCCACUGCUCAGUCCCCUCACUGGGCAGCCCCCUCCCUCCUGAUCCAGGCGUGGGGCAUGUUGAUCUUGUCUUCUGGCACCAGUCCCUGGAAUUGAGUCCUCCGGGCCUUCCUUCACCUGACUUCCAACCUCUUUCUCCCACGUGGCACUGGUUCCCUUCCUGGAAAUGGGAAAGCUGGAAUCCUGGCCCGCAGCGGGAAGUCCAGCCCUCCCCCUCCCGUUUUCUACAGCCCACAGGACCCCUCCGCUCCACAGUCACAGGGGCAGCUCCCGCCCCCAGGACAGAGUUUGUGUCCAUGCUGUGUAUUUCUAUGACAGAGGGGUCUUCUUGGUCUCUCCCACGCGAGACUUCCUGACCACCCCCAGGUCCCCUGUAGAUGUGUGUCCCGAGCGUUUCAUUGGUUCUCUGCACGGCCAGGCUCUCAAUAGUUCCAUGUGACGCGUCUGGGCAUCGGUCCCUGUCCUUGUGGCUCCCCCUUGUUAUUGAUUCCCCUCCCUCUGCCUCCCAGCCCUCUACCCAGCACAGUCUGCCUGUUCCUGAAACUCUGGACUCAGGAGAGAUGGGAGACAGACCUCCACCAGUAUAUCGUCUGUGGCCCCCCAGCCCCCUCACCCCGCUGUUCCCACCACGUCCACUCGUCUCCUUCUCCCUGGUCUGUUCUGCCCCUCCUCGCUCCUGGGCCCCGGAGUCCAGUCGCCCUCCUGCAGGCGCCAUUCCCUUCCUUCACCACGGACUUGGGGGUCUGAGCCCCUCCUCAGCCUUGACCAUCAGCCUUCUCAGGAGAGGCUAAGCACACUGGGUCAGGAUCCUAGCUGCAGCCCUCCUCCCGCCAGCACCUCCAGAAAUUUCCGUUGCCCUUUCACCCCUUCUAGAAGUUUUGCACAGAACUUCAUUUUGAAAAGUAUCUUUCUCAUUCUCCAUCCUUCCUCCAAACUCCCAGUUCUCACCCACGGCUCGGCCCUGCUGUCCAGAGCAUCUCGGGGCUGGGCUACCGUCCCGGCCGCAGAGAGGGGUGGAGUGGGAGGGGCUGAGUGGAUGCUGGAUUUUUCAUUCAAUAAACCGGUGAUUUCUUACCAACCAG